AUGUUUCAUCCUUGUCAAAGACGCAUUGAAGAAAUAUUGAAGUCAAAUAUUACUGAUUCUACUACCUCAUCGCAUCGUCUUCCCCAAGCGCCAUCGCAGAAGCAAGGCUCGUCUCGAGGUGCUAAACGUAAACGCCAUCGACAUUCAUCAUUGGUGGGCAGUGAACGAAGGCCGGGAAGACCGUCAAGAAGGAGUAUUGAAGAUGACGCGCGUGAUUCUGAUGAAGAGACUGGAAGUGACGUUGAAGGUUGUCCGAGCCCGAAGGAUAGUAUGCAUUCACUGAAGUUACGAAUGCAACAGAAGAUGGCGCUUGAGAAUGUUAGCACUGAAGAAUUGGAGAAGGAAUUCGACUUAUCGCCUAUCGAUGAGACGCUUUCGGGUGAAGCGUUGAUCACGAAUCUGCAAGAUCGACUGCAAGAGCUCAGAGAUAUCUAUCACAGUGUACGCGCUGAACAGGCACAGUUAGAUCGACGAUGGCGAAAAACGAAUGAGAAACGAAAGCAGCGCGAAAGGGAACUGAAACUGAAGGAAGAAGCACUAACAAGUUCGCAAGCAACAAUCGAAGAAACAGUGCAUUAA